AUGGAGCAAACACAGCUUUUGGACUGGGAUGAAGAGGGGGAUCUCGAUGAUUCCUCCGGUGCAGCUGGUAACUCUGGGGAGACCCCCAAGCCUGUGGGGCGCUUGCACCUUCUGAGCAGCAAGUAUGGCCCUGAGAAAGAUUUCUGGAUCUACCCUGGAGAGAAUGUCAUUGGCCGCCUGGAAAGCUGUCAGAUCUUCUUGCCUGCCUCUUCAGUUUUGAAAGCUCAUGCUGUGAUUGAAAUCCCUUCCCCCAAUGGGCCCCACCUUUUGUAUGAUCGGGGCAGCCUAAACCGGACACAGCGCCAGCGUAUGGUGUUGAUCCCAGAAGUCCGAUACAGCCUUCAGGAUGGAGACACCCUACUCUUUGGUGACAUGGGGUGCCAGUACUUCAGGCUGGUCCCAGAGGGCAUCUCUGAGUCCCCCAAUGAGUCCAUGGAGGUGCCACCUACCCAGUCGUGA